GGCUGUCAGGAGGGGCCAGUGGCUCCUGCACUCCUGGCGCCCAGGCCGGUGGGCGCGCUCCUGGGGUUCACGUCUGUGCUGGGCUCUCGAGCGGAGUCCCGGUGUGGCCAGCGGCGGCCGUGCGGACGGUCGGUGUCGGCGGCGGGAUGUGCUCUGCCGGGGAGCUGCUGCGGGGCGGCGCCGGCGGCGGGGAGUGCGACGAGGACGGGGCGGCGCCGGCAGAGCAGGCAGAGGAGCGGGAGCCCCGGGCGAGCCCGCGGCGCAGGCGGCGGCAGGACGGGGGCGAGCAGGAUGUUGAAGAAUCACAAAACCACACUGGCGAACCCAUUGGAGAUGACUACAAAAAGAUGGGAACACUUUUUGGUGAACUGAACAAAAACCUCCUCAACAUGGGCUUCACAAGGAUGUAUUUUGGAGAACGAAUUGUGGAACCAGUAGUGGUCAUUUUCUUUUGGCUUAUGCUGUGGUUCCUUGGCCUACAAGCCCUUGGACUAGUUGCUGUUCUUUGCCUUGUCAUUAUUUAUGUACAGCAGUAAAACACUGGACAUUUGGUAGCCAUGUAUGUAAUUGAUAGAGCUAUACACUUGGGCUUUUUGAAAGCCAAAAUUGUUUAACAUAUUUCAUAUUGUGUACUGGCUGUUUUGUAAUUAAAAUUAUAAAUGAGUUUCUUUAAAAUGCAACUCUUUGUUAUAACAAGAAUGAUUAUAUAUUUUUGACUAUAUAUUACCUUAUUCAAACUCUUUUUCACUUCUAUAAUCUGACCUACUUUUAGAGACCUGCUUUCCCAUGCCAAAUCUGAACAUCACCCGACAGUGAUGGGGAAAAUAGCACAGCAUGGAGUUGCAGUGAAGUGAUAUAGGUCUUGUAAAGUUCCAGUAAAACAUUUGGAAGAAAAAGGAAACAGUAGCUAAGAAUAAGUUUCCAUUCCAUUUGGGGGAGAUAUUUGUCUCUUUGUCAUGUCUGCAUAGUCCAAAAUGAAGUAAAUGAUAGCUGGCCCAUACCACUGUAGUGCUGGGAAAAUGAAUAAUGCUAGCUGUUUCCUGAAGUCUGAAAAUAAAUAUUUAUUAUUGGCGGUGAAUUUUUGGGGUUAAAUGUAAAUUUUUAUGUGUUAUACGUGGGCCCCUAUUACGUGGUUUGUGAAGUUAGAGACGAUUCUGGUGCUCCUUUCUUUGUGUGAGUUUUUAAGGCUGCACGCCUGGCAGUGCCUGUGAUUUGUACCUAGCCAGUUGCAUGCUUUUCCUAGAGACAUUUUCAGUGCAUUUGUUUCCAAAGGUUUAUAAUUUUAUAGUUCUUUUCUAACAAUUAUUCUAAGGUUUAAAACAAUGCCUUUCCUGUCAUGGCAUAGAGUUUGUCCCCAAAAGAAUGAUUUCUGUCUUAUAAAAAGAAAAAAAGUCAGAUCAUUUUUCUUUGAUACCUGUAUUGAAGAAUACAAGAGUACAGGAUAAAAUCACAUGCUUAAAUUUAGAACUUGGUAGCCACUUGUAAUAGGAUUAAAGCCAUUGGCUAGCCAGGUUUUUAAUGUGUACUAUGGGGUUUUAUAUUGAAACAGACAUUUCUUUGUAUAUACUUUGAAAAUGAAAAAUGACUUUGAUAUUUCUGAUUUUGUUAAAGAACCUAAAAUCUGUACACUUUUGUCUAAGAGUCAUCUAUUUGAACAAAGAAAUUUAAAUACAAAAAUGGGGUGAGGGGGUAUUUUUGUUUGGCAGGGCAUUAACUAACACAAUAGGGUGUUUACCAGGCCACUUUAUAAAGUACUUACUCUUACAGUUUUAAACAUUAUUCUGUAAGAAACUCUUAAACAAAAUUAUGAAAACAUUUAGCUUGGCUUUCUAAAAUCAAUUCAUUUUGCACAAAAAAUAGAUAAAUAAGAAGGCAGAAAUACUAACAUGUAUUGUUCACCUGUGUCUUGUGCAUAAACAUAGGCCUCUAAAAUUCAGCUUUUGAAAAACAAAAGUUUGUACUAUAUCAUGUUUUUAUUGUGUUGAUAAUAUUUUUGUAAUCACCUUCCUGAGUUGAAUAUCAAUACAGGGUGUUUGGGAAAAGGUCCCCUCUAUAAACAGUAGUAUUGCAAGGUUCUGACAGAAGCCAUGAAAUUUUGCAUAUGUGCACAUAAUGCUAAUGAAUACAUUUUUCCCAAGUGUUACCAGAAAGGCUAAUUCGCUUUCGGAAUGCAAAAUAAAAGAUGCAGUGUGCAUAAUAGCAGCUCUGAUUCUGCCAGGGCUGCUUGUUGUAAAUGCUUUAAAAGAAGACCCAGUGUUUAUUAUACAAUACCUCCCCAUCAACACUAUGUAUGUGCACACUGUUGUAAAUGGGUAUGUUUUAUGAAGAAAUCGGGGGCAUUUGCUGCUAUCACCUCUACAUACACUAUGGAUUAAUGUAGUAUGCCAUCACACCUUGAUAGAAAAUAUUUUCUCUUGUUCAACAUGUUAGAACACAUAUUAUACUGUUAUCCUGAAGUAAAACAUAAUUUCUUUGGGUAGUGGUAUAAAAAAUAGAUUCAAAAUAAUUUCUAUUUUAAUUGUGAUAGCAAGAUUCCUUCUAAGCCAAGAAAUAGCAGUUAAAUGCUAAGGUCCUUGAACUGCUGGUGUGCACAGCGUCCAUACUGUUAGGAAGGAAAAGUUGGGAGCUAACACCAACUGACCACACAUCAGUAGAUCCAUUCUCUUUGAAUUGAACAUAUUUUGCACAACUUAUUUCCUUGUGUUAAGCUGCCAUUCUAGUCAGAACAGAGUGCAUUUGUACACAGGAGCCACUCUCAUUGUCUGACAAGAGUCUACACUAUAUGUUUUCCUGCCUUCAGUGACAUCAAGUUGGUAGAUUAAAUUGGCUCUGUGAUGAGAAUGUUUACAUCAUAAAAUCUGGCAAGCACUACAAAGAAGGACUUUUUUUUUUGUUUUUCCUAGAGAGCCAGUUGUUAAAAACCUCAGCAUAUUCUCACUCAGCCACCCUGGAGACCACAUUUCCAUGGCUACCACAGUCUUCAAAGAAAAGAAGAUAACACGUGUUGUGAAGCAAGAGAAGUCCAUGCAGUAUGUCCCCACAUACCCAGCCAGAGUCACUUCUUUUCCAUGUGGUGGCUGGGCCAUGGUUGUCUUUGAAGUAUGUGUUUGAACAUUUUGAUUAGAGAAAAUAUGUCUGGUCUGUCAGUGAGCUGCAGACCCACAAAGGACGAGCCAGGAGACCAGGAAAAUGAGACAAGACUUAAGGCACCACAAUUUUUGGUUUAAGUAAAGGACAGUUGUAAUUUAGAAUCUUAAAAAUAGUCAAAUCCAGGCAGUGAGAAAUUCAGAGAUCUUUGACUUAUAGCUUCUAUUUAAGCUGUUUCACAAAUGUUUGUUGAUUACAGAUUAUUGAAACUGCUUUCGCCUUACAAAGUGAACAAAAUGGAAAAAAUCAAAUUAUGCUUCCGGACUUGUUAAAACUGUAGUAAAUACUUGGCCAGGACAAAUGUACAAAUUAAAGAAUACCCAGAUCAA